AUGGCGGGGCCAGCCAUGACGGAAGAGUUCUUUAAGAAGGCCAGCGUGGAAGACAUGCAGUCGUUGGCGAAAGAAAUUGCUCAGCGCUUGAAGAAGGACGAUCCCAUAGCUGUCAUGGAAGGCUUUACAGUAUUCAAAGAGGUUUUCAUGUGCGACCUGGCAACCACCGGCCUCGCUGGAAUCAACUCUAGAGCUAUAGUGCAGAUGACUCGUGAGAUGCAGGAGGCGGCUCUUCAGGAGAAUGGAGCGGUCUUAAUCAAGCUCCUCAAGCAGAUGCUUUCAGGCAGGGACGAAGACUUCUUGAAACGAAAAGAUAUCAGUCUCGAGAAUCUUCUAGACCCCCAUGAAUUCAGCAGAUUGGCUGGCCUAGAGCUCUGGUCCGUCGUAGUGAUAGCGCUGAUGGUUGAUUCCCGAAGGAUGGCUCAGAUCAUUCUCAGGCUGGGAUCAGAAGAAAGGAUCUUUGCACGCUUGGUCGCCUGCCUUCACUGCACAACGCUCUUCGCAGACAAUCCUGCUGCAGCUAGGCCUCUCAAUUGCCUGGCGCUUAGGGCACUCUGUGGCCUCAGCAGGGCAUCAAAGAAGUUCCGUGCUUUGCUUCGAAGCGAUAUGCAAGUCCUCACAAGCAUCCAGCGAAUGCUUUCACUUGAAGCAACGCGCAUGAGUCCGCUUGAGCCUGUGCUUGGAGAGGACAACCCGGCAAACGCCGUUGGCACUUUACUGGGAGUGAUGGCAACGGCCGAAUCGUGCAAAGAUAGCCGCAUCUGGAUGAUUGAGAAGCUAGAGUUUUGCGAGCUUAUCGUCAAGGUGCUUUCGAAAGCUGCGAGCGUGGAUGUGAACGUGACUGCCAGAGUAGGAUGCACGCACGCGCUUCUCGUCUUGUUAGACGACAGAGUCACGCGAUCAAUGUUGCAGAAAAGGGGAGGCGCUAGAGUGCUUUCGCCAGUCUCGGGGAAGUUUCAGCUCGCGACUCCAUGUCCAGGUUUGUGGAGCAUUCUGAAGCAGCUGCUGUCAAACCCGCGCGCAGAGUGGCCUCCACACAUUUCCCAGUAUCUCCAAAACUUACGGGCCCUAGCGAAAUGCGCCAUGGGGUUUCAAACGCUCUGCUCCUGGUCUCAGUGCAACCCCGACCUCAUGCUGCAAUUCCCUUACAAGGAUCUGAAGAAGUGCGGGGCCUGCAAGUCUGCUUACUAUUGCUGCAAGGAGCACCAGAAGCUGCAUUGGCCAACGCACAAGAACGCGUGCAACACGUUCUGCGAGCUUCUCGGCGCAGAGGUGGAAGAGUAG